AUGGCGUCGCAAGCGCUACCGCAAGAGCCGCCCCGCGAAUCGCACGCGACGAUCGUGCACGACAGCGCGUCGCACAAGUUCAUGACGUGCGACGGCCAGGCGUACGCCGAAUACGACCUUCUCUCGCCUUCCCAGGCCGCCGCGUCGUCGGAAGCUUCCGUAGCAACGAGCGCGACGAGCGCCGGGAAAAUCGGCGGCGCGACGAGCGGCGUGAAACGCGGCGUGAUGGACAUCACGCACACGUAUGUCCCGCCGAGUCGACGCGGCGAGGGCCUCGCGGCGCGUCUGUGCGGAACCGCGUGCGACUACGCAAAGGAGAACGGGCUCUACGUGCGACCCACGUGCUCUUAUGUUGAGGAGACGUUCAUGAAGCGACACCCUUCCUGCCCGGCUUACUUGAAUGGUGCUGCAGCGGCUUACUUGAAUGGUGCUGCAGCGGCUUACUUGAAUGGUGCUGCAGCGGCUUACUUGAAUGGUGCUGCAGCGGCUUACUUGAAUGGUGCUGCAGCGGCUUACUUGAAUGGUGCUGCAGCGGCUUACUUGAAUGGUGCUGCAGCGGCUUACUUGAAUGGUGCUGCAGCGGCUUACUUGAAUGGUGCUGCAGCGGCUUACUUGAAUGGUGCUGCAGCAGCUUACUUGAAUGGUGCUGCAGCGGCUUACUUGAAUGGUGCUGCAGCGGCUUACUUGAAUGGUGCUGCAGCGGCUUACUUGAAUGGUGCUGCAGCGGCUUACUUGAAUGGUGCUGCAGCGGCUUACUUGAAUGGUGCUGCAGCGGCUUACUUGAAUGGUGCUGCAGCGGCUUACUUGAAUGGUGCUGCAGCGGCUUACUUGAAUGGUGCUGCAGCGGCUUACUUGAAUGGUGCUGCAGCGGCUUACUUGAAUGGUGGUGUACACAGAGGGAGCAGGGGCAGAGAGGCGGCCAUAGAAGACCACGCCCUGCUGGCACUGACGUGGAUUAACUGCUGA